UUCAGCAUUUUCAUUUCCAAAAUCAAUUGUUUGUCACUUGAGAAAUUUAAUUUUGUUAAUUUGUCGGUGUUUAAUUAGAUUCUCAUAAUGUCUAUCGCUGAUUACAAUGGUGGGGCUAUUAUGGCCAUGGGUGGAAAGGAUUGUGUCGCUAUAAUUUGCGAUAAACAACUUGGAGCUCGAUUAACUACCAUUUCUGUGAAUCAUAGUAAAAUUUAUGAAAUUAAUCCUUACCUUUAUGUUUGUCUACCUGGACUUGCGACCGAUUCAUUGACUGUUUAUCAGCGAUUAAGAUUCCGUGUCAACAUGUAUGAACUUAAGGAAGGUCGAAAGGUUUCACCGAAAGUAUUGACCUCCAUGCUUUCAAACCUUUUGUAUGAACACCGAUUUGGUCAAUAUUUCAUCGGUGGUAUUGUUGUCGGAUUAAAUCCAAAGACUGGUGAAACAUUUAUGGCAAAUAUGGAUUGUAUUGGCGCUACCACUGAAUGUAAUGAUUUCGUUGUUGGUGGUCACUGUGAGGAACAGAUUUAUGGUGCUUGUGAAGCUCUUUAUCGCCCGAACAUGGAACCCGAUGAAUUAUUUGAAGUGACCUCACAAGCUUUUCUAUCGGCUUGUGAUAGAGACGCUGGAUCAGGUCAUGGAGCAUUUGUUUAUCUCAUCACCAAGAAUAAGGUUACAAUUAAAUCAUUGAAGACCAGGAUGGAUUAAUUUGCUUCAAUCGCCCUUUAUGGUGUCCAUAGGAUUUUUUUAUAUUCACCUCCAAUCCUUUCAAUAUCUUUGAUUAAAUGAUGGAUUAAAUUACUGUUCUAAUUUGGUUCAAAUUAAAAAUAUCUCAAGUAAAUAAACACUAAUUGAAUUCUAA